AGGCGGUGGAGAUUGCGCUGGUGGCAGAAAAAAAAAACACCAACACCCGGGCGGCUUUGGUAAAGCAGAAACCCGUAUUAUCCUGGAGCCAUUUCCUCAAUUGACCAUACCGAAUCCAUCUAUCCGUGCCAGAGAGCUCCGCGCCGCCUACCAUGUCGGAAAAGAAGAGGAAGCGGGCGGAGGAGGCAGCCCAGAAGACAAAGAAGACCUCGGCGGAAAAGCCACGCACAGAGUCCAACCCGCAUGAGAUCAGAGUAUCCUCGCUGAUCAAGUCAAAGAACUUCCCGCCGGUCAUAGCUACAACGCCGGGACUAUGUCUGCCUUCUUCGGUCCAAUUCCAACCCUACAGCAAAGCGCGCAGUUCCGGGGGAAAGAGCAAGAAGUCGGAUUCUGCCGAUCUGCUCCUGUACUCGUCUGGUCACAAGACCCUCAACUAUACCGGCCGCGAAGACCAGCCCAAAGGCGGAGAUGGCCUGCUGCGGCACUACAUCGGCAUGUUCGAUCCUAAGACAGGGGAGCUCGAGGUGGUUGAGGCGAGAAAGGUGACUGUUCGGGGCUCUGUCAGGGCCCAAAGGGCAUCAGCCGAGGCCAUGGGUGAGCAGGGAGAACAACAGGCGAAUGCGGACCUUCGGACAGAACUUGGCCAGGCGUUCGGAACCAAAAAGGCCAAGAAGGCACUCAUUGCCCGGGUUGAGAAUGCCAUCACACCUAGGAAUAAGGAUACUGCCUCGGGCGCAGAUGCCAGCGAGGCCGCUUUGAUGGCAUCAAUACGAGAGGCCGCGGCAAGCAUGCCGACCAGGGAAGACCUGCAAGCUGCGGUUGACGGGGCGAAGCCGGUGCCCAAGGGCAACUACGACGCAGACUUAAUCCAGGACGUCUAUGACCCUGAAGAGAUCAUCGGAGCGGAGGUGCUCAAUUCCAUCCCCGUGCGAGAUUGGCAGGAGGCUGUCAAGAACAAGGAACCCGUCGAGGCGCUCUCCAAGUUUGUGGUCAACCGAGUCCACCGAGUCGGUGAGCACGAGGAGUCGGUCAAGAGGCUGCGGAUCUUGCGCUACCUAUACUUUUUGAUGCUCUUGCUCUACCAGAGCAAGUCGGGCAAGCGCGGGGUGAGAAAGCUGCCUCCGAGGGACAAGCUCAGAACCGAGUUGAAGCCAGCUCCAGACGCUGUUCUCGACAGCUUCAGGAGGAAAUUCUCCGACAACGGCGAGAUGCGAAAACCCCAUAUCGACCUCCUUAUGACGACCUGCUGCGUGCUCACGUGCAUCAUCGACAGCUUUGAGCUCGAUACGCUAGAACUCAGGGAUGAUUUGAGGCUGGAGCAGAAGCAGCUAGACCAGUACUACCGCGAGAUUGGAGCGAGAACGAAGAUCGUGAAAUCUGGAGACAGGCAGACAACCUUGGUGAAGUUGAUGCUACCGCUGGACUUUCCAAAGUUGAGAAUGCAGAGGAAGAAAAAUUAGCCAAGGCAUCUGCGUCAUCGGCAUGAGGAGGCAAUCGCACAUUCAUUGGUCGAUCAACAAAGGGAUGGAUGUUGUAUCAAAUAUUUUUGCUAGCCCGUGUACAUGAUCUGCAUUGAGGCAGCGAAGCAGAGUGCCAUGAGCCCUUGAAAUACGAACUGGACCAGCUGGAGUCCAUCACUCCGAGCCCUUCCCACCUCCAUUGGCCGACCGGAUAACUCAUUUUGAAGAUAUUGGUAUCUCUGAA